GACGCAAGUGCGUCCUACAGGAAGAAAGUGCCCCCAGUCGGAGCGGCGAGCAGGAGCGCGACUUUUUGGCGCUCUUUGCGAGCGAGCCGCAAGGAGGCGGAAGACGGUCCCGGGCUGGGGCGCGGGAAUCGGGGCAGCGAGCGCCGGACGGGGGAGUUCCUGCGCGUGGCGUCCUCGCAGCGAGACGCCGCCGGAGUCGCCUGCUCGGAGAGAUUCCUUGAACCAUCUGCAGUGAUAUUAUUCUCUGAAGAGGGUGAACUUGAUUGCCGCUUUGCUCUCAGUAUGACACCUGUCAAUGUAGCUCUAAUCCGUGAUACCAAGUGGCUGACUUUAGAAGUUUGUAGAGAAUUUCAGAGAGGAACUUGCUCUCGAGCUGACGCAGAGUGCAGGUUUGCCCAUCCGCCAAGAUUUUGCCAUGUGGAAAAUGGCCGAGUGGUGGCCUGUUUUGAUUCACUAAAGGGUCGGUGCACUCGAGAGAACUGCAAGUACCUACACCCUCCACCCCACUUAAAGUCGCAGCUAGAAAUUAAUGGGAGAAACAAUCUGAUUCAACAGAAGACAGCCGCCGCCAUGUUUGCCCAGCAGAUGCAGCUUAUGCUCCAAAACGCUCAGAUGUCAUCUCUUGCAUCUUUUCCUAUGAACCCAUCACUUGCAGCUAAUCCUGCCAUGGCUUUCAAUCCUUACAUGCCUCAUCCUGGGAUGGGCCUGGUUCCUGCUGAGCUUUUCCCAAAUGGUCCAGUUCUGAUUUCUGGAAACCCAGCUCUUGCACUGUCAGGAGUUCCUGGUCCAAAACCAACUCGUACAGAUAGACUGGAGGUUUGCCGUGAAUUUCAGCGUGGAAAUUGUACCCGUGGGGAGAGCGAGUGCCGCUAUGCUCACCCUACGGAUGUUUCCAUGAUUGAAGUCACUGAUAAUACUGUGACAAUCUGCAUGGAUUACAUUAAGGGCCGAUGCUCCCGGGAGAAAUGCAAGUACUUUCAUCCUCCUCCCCACCUGCAGGCCAAACUCAGGGCAGCUCAUCACCAGAUGAACCAUUCGGUUGCCAAUGCAAUGGCCCUGCCAUCUGGUGCACUUCAACUGAUACCAAAGAGGUCAGCCCUUGAAAAGGCCAAUGGUGCCACUCCAGUCUUUAACCCCACUGUUUUCCACUGCCAACAGGCUCUGGCUAACAUGCAGAUUCCGCAGCCGGCUUUUAUCCCGACAGUGCCCAUGAUGCACGGUGCUACACCUUCCACCGUGUCUGCAGCAACACCACCUGCCAGCAACGUUCCCUACGUUCCAACAACUACAGGCAACCAGUUGAAAUAUUGAGCAGCAGAGUUACAGACUAUCAGGAUCUCUCAACAAGAAACUCCAUGUGGCCUUUCUAUAUGUAUUCUCGUAUGUCCUCUUGUACCAACACAACAAUAAGCUUGGUGCAGUCAAUAUAUUAAAACACCUAUUGACAAGUUCAAAUUUUAAAAAUCUAUGGAGAUGUUAAAGCAAGUAGAAAAUUAACCACUAUGUGUUACCUUAUAUGGAUUAAUUGUAUAUGAAUUAGCAUACAGAAUACAACCAUACAGCUUUGUCAUACAUAUGAAUUAUCAGAUCCAUAUUACAUGAAUUUUCCAUCUGAUGUGAAUUACCAUAUUGAAUAUAACCAUAAAAUUUUGUGACUUUUUUCCAGUAAUGAUUUAUGCUAAAUGAACUUCCACAGUGUACUGUAGGCUUACUGUAUACUCUUGGUGGAUAAAUUCUGUUUUUGAAGUGUUACCUUACUAUUUUGUUUACAAGAUAGUCUAUAGGUUUGAUGUAGAAUGUAACUGAUCUUUCCCGUACCAUUUACUAUUCUUCUCUGUUGGUAUAUUGUAUUAAAUUGGGUUCUGCUUA